UGUGUGUCUGUGUGUGUGUGUGUGUGUGUGUUUUGUAUCCCAAUUCCACUAGAACAUUUCAUAGUGGAAUCCCAUUGAAAAGGAUAAAAGAGUCAGAAACAAACAAACAAAGCACCAACCAAACCAAGAAACCAAAUCUCCACCCCCUCCUCCUCUCUUUCCACCUCCACACUCCUCUUUAAUCCAAUUGCUUUUGUAAUUGCUGCUGUUCUUGUUCUUCUUCUUGUUCUUGUUCUUGUUCUUGUUGUUGUUGUUAUUUUGGUGGUGCUAUAAGAAGCAGAAGCAGAAGCAGAAGCAGAAGCAGUUUGGAGCAGCAGGAGUUGGAAGAAGCCAUGGCUGUUGAUGCAGAAGCCCAGUUCCAUGUUCUUGCUGUUGAUGACAGCCUCAUUGACAGGAAGCUCAUUGAGAGGCUCCUCAAACACUCUUCCUACCAAGUUACUACAGUGGAUUCUGGGAGCAAGGCAUUGGAAUUGCUGGGAUUGAGGGAUGGUGUUGAUGUUGGUGAUCAAGCUGACCCACCCUCUGCCUCCCCUGAUCACCAGGAGAUUGAAGUGAAUUUGAUAAUCACUGAUUACUGCAUGCCUGGAAUGACUGGGUAUGACCUCCUAAAGAGAAUCAAGGGAUCAUCUUCUUUAAAAGACAUCCCAGUUGUGAUCAUGUCUUCUGAGAACGUGCCUGCCAGAAUCGACAGUGGUCAAAAUCUGGAAGGGAAUCAGGGGAGUUGAGUGGUCCCUGUUGUGGAAAUCUUAGUCAAACAAACAUCUCAAUAUCUCAAAAUCUUUCCUUUUUAUUGUUUGGAUCUGCAGUGUCCUGACUGAUGUGAUAACAGAACAGAGAGAGAGAGAGAGAGAGAGAGGUCCCAACUUUUUCUUUUUUUUUUUGUGGCCUUUAUUUUGGAUGAUGGCUCUAAAACUUGGAUCUUUCUUGGUACAAACAAAUGUGUAUAGAUACACAUGGAUUUUUUUACUAUUGGAGUUAAAAUUCAUUAGAAGUCAUUUCCCUGGUUCAAAAGUUGGAAAUAAUGUUAGGAGGGUGAUUCUGACGCAAUCAUCAGGUUUAUUGAAUCUGGUCGGAUACAGUUGAUGAAUAAUAAUUAGAAAUAAUGUCAGGAGGGUGAUUCUGACGCAAGCAAAUUUGAUUUUUUUUUUUUUUUUUUUUUUA